GGAAAAGAUUUUCCCAAGAUAUCAAAUUAAGAGAAGAAGACAAAAGACCUUGAAACAAACUAUAGAGAUAACACAAACAAUUGCAGCCACAAAGCCACAAUGAUAAAUCCACCAACAAAGAAAAGAAAUCAAAGUAUAGUUGAGGCCUCUCUUCUUUUUUCUUCUUUAGCGGUAUCCCAUAGCCAUAGAUUCAAGAUAAAACUAAUGGGUACCUCAAAAGCUUCGCUAUGGCUUCUCAUCUUGCUGCUCCUCAACAUAACAUUCUUCUUUGGUCACAUUGCACCGGGAGCCACCGCCAAGCCGUGCCCUCCCCCUCCAGCCGUCAAGUCAUGCCCUCCCCCUCCCGCAAAACAAGCCGCCAUGAAAUGUCCAAGGGACACGCUCAAAUUUGGAGUGUGUGGGAGCUGGUUAGGUCUGGUUUAUGAGGUCAUCGGCACACCACCGAGCAAGGAGUGUUGCUCACUCAUCAAAGGUUUAGCUGACUUUGAAGCCGCCGUUUGUCUCUGCACUGCCCUUAAAACCAGCCUUCUCGGAGUCUCUCCGCUCAAAGUUCCUGUUGCUCUCAGUCUGGUUCUCAACUCUUGUGGCAAGAAUGUUCCUAAGGGGUUCGUCUGCUAAUUGAUCUUGAACCCAAUUAUUAUUACAUAUCAUGUCAAAUGAUUGUUUCUGUACUGUUGAAUUUGAUGCAAAAAAAAAAAGAAGAUGUUAUAUGUUUUGGUUAAAAAUUA